GGUGCAGGGAGUGCUGGGCCCGGGAGUGGGUUUCAGUGGUUUGGGUUCGGAAAGGGGGGCGCAGGUUCCAAGAAGGAGCCGGAGGAAGACCCUGUGGAUAAUCUGCCGGUGCUAAGGCCAGAAGUGAUUGCUCUGGAGCAGGUGCGAGAAGAGGAGAAGGCAAAGCCUGGAGUGGAGGUGGAUUUCAGAGGAGCACGCAAGGGCGCAUCCAUUAUCGAGGUGCCUCCCCCUGUGGACCCCUCCAAGCUACCGUGUCUUGGCAGGGGCAGGGUGCAGGCGGAUGGCAAGUGCCUGUGCUCCGUGCUCUAUGGGGGCGACAACUGCGAGCUGCGGGGAGACACGCAACACCGACAAGCUGACAGUAGACCCCUACGUGGGCAGCUACCUGCUCACAGCGCAGGCACUGAUGGCUCCACCACCGCCAGGGGCGGGGGAUCAGGGGGGAGUGGAGGGGGAGGAGGGGGAUCCGCCGGGCGAUCUGCCAUGCUGCUGGAAGGGCUGUCGAUUGAGGAGCGGAGGGAGCUGAGAGCCGUCCUGCCGUUGAAUGACAUCUACCAGACCACGGUGUGGGACUCGUGUGCCGUGGUGGGAAAUUCGGGCUCGCUGCUUCUGAGAGAGGAUGGGGAGGAGAUAGACAAGCACGACAUGGUUAUGCGCUUUAACACGGCGCCCACCAAGGGAUACGAGAGGCAGGUGGGGAAGAAGACCACCUUUCGCCUGAGUGUCCCUGACAAAGCAGGAUUCAGAGAGGGCAACGAGACGGUGGUAUACCACCUGUACCUGAGGGGCGUCAAGACGGAGCUGGAGCAUCUACUCAAGUUCAAACGCGUCUUCAGAGAAGGGCCGCUCUAUGUGCUGGACCUGGGGUUCGAGUCUCAGAUCUUCAACACCUUUGGCGCCUUCACGUCCGUGGGAUACGUGGGGAUUCAGUUCGCCCUGCAGAAGUGCCACCACAUCGACUUGUACGGUUUCUUUCUAAGCGAGGGGCACGGCGUGCGGCACCACUACUACAAUAAAGACGAGCAGAAGCCGUCCCACGUGACGGGCGAGCAGCUCGACCGGGAGUUCGUGCAGAGCAUCGAGAUCGCUGACACUGAACUCAUGUGGAUUGCUGACCCGUGCCUCUACGAUUGCCGGCGCUCCAUCCAGCGCUGCAGCAUGUGCAUGAGGAUAUCAGUGGACGAGCUGAGCCAGAAGACAGAGUGGUCGACCCAGCAGCUGGCCUUGAACGCGCGCAGGGAGCAGCGGUGGCGGGAGUUUCUCAAGUGGGAGAACAUAGUGCGGGACGAGCUCAAGAAGAGCGUGCGGCUGCAGUUCCAAAUGCAGGCGGAGCAGCGACGGAUGAGGAACUCUGGCUCCCGCACGGAUGGGGUUUUGGGGGAGGGUAAGGGUGGGGGGAGAGGAGGGGGAGACGGGGGAGGAGCAGGAGGAGGAGGGGGAGGAGGAGGGGGGAGGGGAGCGGGAGGAGGAAAAGGGGUGGGAGGCGGGAGUGGGGGUGGAGGAGGGGAGGUGAGGGGGAUGCAGGGGGAGAGUGAGGAUGAGUAUGAUAGCAUUGACUGGGAGCGGGUGGUGGUUGAAGACAUGUUAGAUAAGCUAUCGAUGCACGAGGUGUUACUGUACUUUAGAAGAAACCACCUCACUAUCCCGGACACGCGGGCGCAGAUGCUUCAGGCGGUGAAGGCGCAUUAUUUCUUCCUGAGAGGGGAGUUGCAGAAGCAGAAGAACAGGCUGUAUCGGCCGUCAGACUGACAGGCCUGGCCUCAUGCUUUCCCCUUUCAGUGUUCCCUUUUGUGAUUGUAGUAUUGUGGUGAGUGUAGCAGUUUUUUUUGUUUCUUGCCCCCAGCUGUUUGUGAGUGGGAAGUAUUUAGAUUGUAUUCUCCAAAUGUGAAUCCUCUUAAAGUGGGGCAUGUUCCAGCCAAGUAUUGUGAAAGCUUGCUUGGGUCAUGG